AUGAGAGCCAUCCUCCCUGGCCGUCCCCAAUCAACGCGACAGGCUCUUUGUACUGCGCAUUGGGACGGCCUUCGCAUUGUUGCAUACAUCUCCGGCAAUGCGGCCAUCAUCCUUAGCGGUCCCCAGACCAUUCUCCAAACCAUCUACGUCGAUACAGUCGAGACCAUCUCUGCGAUAACACUUGAUGAGACUACCGGGCGCAUUGCUCUGUGUGAUCCAGACAAUGUGUACAUCUACAGACCUGUUGGCCGUGAAGAAGGUGUACUUCGCUGGGUCCAGGUCCAAGAACUGAGGAAUCCCAAUGCACUCAAAGUCACCUCCCUAUCAUGGGGAGGUUCCACCGAGGAACUGCUGCUGGGUGGCUCAAGAUUGGUUCUGUGGUAUAUACCCGACUCCGGCAACCCCAUUGUUACAUGGGAUCAAAAGCUGGCUUAUCCGACUGUCCUCGCUUACCUCUCUCCGGACAGCGGCCUUAUUGCAUCCGUAGGUCAACAUGACAGGCUGGUCAAACUCUGGAGAAGGUUAUCUUACGAGACCGAUGGCACGAGGUUUGAUGUCAGCUAUCUUCCUCACCCAUCCACUGUCACAAACCUGCAUUGGCGGAAACCCUGGCAUGAAGAGCAGAGCCUUGAUAACCUACUUUAUACUUUCUGCUCCGACGAUAACAUUCGUGUGUGGACUGCCUUUGAUCCCCACGCCCUAUCCGUUCUACAAGAGGUGGCCACCAUUAAUAUGAAUGCCUCGAUCCAACCAAGAAGGCUGAGUGUUGGUUCCAUGAGCAGACGACGCUUUGCCUUCAUCCUCGAUAGCCGAGAUUUCGCUAGUGCCACCGAAAAGGCCGUCCAAGGUUCCAAUGCCAAAUCAGCAGACCACGCACUUGAGCACCUCAUUGAAAUUGCCAAUCGAAGUCCGGAAAUCUGUAUAGUCCUGGAUGGACUCGGUCAUAUGUCUGUAUGGGGACUGGAAAAUGCUGGCUACAAGAAUAGAAUUCUCCCAGCCGUUUUCCACAUAUCUCAUGUCGAUGGCAUGGACAUCAGGGUGCCACUACUGAGCGAUCCCCUGGAUGAUUAUGUGCAAUUCUGCGUCUUCGCAGGAGGCUCCCAACCUUCCUCCUUAUCAAUCCUCUUACACUCUUAUGCUGGCGAUAUUGAUUGGUAUGACAGCCAGAUCACUCACCUAUUCGAUACUGCUAUUCGAAAGAGCCGUGCACAUUUGAUAUCGUCGCUCGCGGGCCAUAGUGACCCUAUACAGCGUAUUGUAAGGAAUGUGCGAGGCACUAUCGUGCUCUCUGCCACCGACGAAGGCCAUGUCAGCCUCUGGCAACAAAAAGAUACUCACUCCUCCGCCCCGCUGCUCCGGAGAAGUACAUUUGCAGCUAACGAAGACAUCAAAGAUGCCGUGGUUCUGUCACGCGGCCGUUAUGCUGUCAUCUUGCAUUCACAUGGCCUGGAACUGUGGGAUGUGCGAGAAGCGAAAGCGGAACGACUGGGAAGACUUGAGCUCCAUGGCCAAAUUCCAGAGCGCAUAACCCAGAGCCGUGUCGUAAGUGAGAGAGCACUUACCAGCCGAGUAAUUAUUGGCUAUUAUCCAGAUCGUACUACAGAAGCAUGGGAAUUCCUUUUGCCGGCGUUAGAUGAUAGUCGCCCAAGUUCAGCCAAUCGAUUCCCAGAGAUGAUUCGUUCUCUAGGGGAGGUCAAACUACAUGUGCACAACAGAUACAACUCUCUUGUAUCUGUUUGUGAUAACAUGAGCUCGAGUGCCCAGCCCGCAAAACCCCAAGAAACGAGUGCAUUAGGUUUCACUGCUGCACUUGCAAAAGAUGGUAUUGUCGAAAUGGUUAGAUCAUUCGAAGAACCAGAUUCAACAAAACCGCGACUCUCCACCGGUGCACUCCUUGAAACAAGCAUACAAAGACCUAGAGCCAUGAGUGCUAGUGGCACUGGUAAGGUGAUCCUCGUCAAUGAGGAUAGCAAUAGCCUCAGUAUCUGGGACGCAAAGACUGGUGUAUGGGAAUAUGAGCACGAAUUGGACGGUACAGACACCGUCAAAACAUUUGCUUGGGCUCUCUCACCGCAAGGCCACCCACUGGUUGCAAUUUGCUUCGACUACCACAUUGUUGUCUUGGGCCAGGUAAGAUAUGCCUACCCUGGUCUUGAGCCAGCGUGGGUCGACCUCCGUCAUAUUCGAAUAAGAGACGUUACCACCCAAUCAAUAGCAGAUUUGUGCUGGCUCAGAAGUGGUGACCUUGUCGUCGGAUCGGGUGUCCAAUUCUUCAUCUUUGAAGGCUAUGCGAGGACUCAUCAUAACAGAGAUGCAAGGUCUCUUCAUGAAGUACAUUCCAAACUCAAGAAUAAUGCGACUUCCGCUGUCAUGGCAAUGCUCAACUCCUUGUUACCUAUAUUUCACCCUACAUAUCUCUCCCUUCUAGCAUUACUGGGUUACUUUCGUCAGACUAAGGAUAUAAUUCAUCGACUCCACCGGGAUCUGAAGUUUUUCAGUGAAGGAGAUGACCUUCCGAGUUUUCUAGACCUUCAGCUUGAUACAAUAGGGUUAGCAAAUGAGGCAGGAUCAAAGACAAGUUUCCACAAUGGAACCAAUGGGCUUACAAAUGGCGAGACAGAGCAGGGGACUAUUGGAGACAUUGCUGAAGGCCUGGUCAAGAACGUGAAGAGAAACGACAUAUGGCAGCUAAGUGAUGCUGACAAAGCAAAACUGUCUGCAGAAAUUCAAGUUUUCGUGGAACUUGAGAAGCACGAGCAAUCGAUAGACACCAACGGUCUUCGCUAUCUCCACGCCUUCUACACUUCAGGUGACGACUCGGUCGCCUGGAGUGCAAUAGCUUUCGCCUCACUCAGCACGUCCCAGGAGAUCCUAAUCGAUCUAGUUACCCGCUUCCAUGGAGGGAAGUUGACUUGGGAGGCAGCCCGUAAAUCGGGAAUGUUCUGCUGGCUAUCUGAUCCAGAGUCCUUGCGCCUUCAAAUGGAAAACAUCGGCCGGACAGAAUACACGCGGAACGAAGACCGUAACCCGGUGGACUGCUCGCUGUAUUACCUUGCACUAGGCAAGAAGAAUGUUCUGCAAGGCCUAUGGCGCAUGGCAGUCGGGGUGCGCGAGAAGGAGAACACAUUGAAAUUGCUGAUGAAUAAUUUCAACGAACCCCGCUGGAAAUCGAGCGCCUUGAAGAACGCUUACGCCCUCCUUAGCAAGCGUCGUUUCCAUUAUGCUGCCGCGUUCUUCCUACUCGGAGGAAGCCUCUGGGAUGCGGUCAAUGUCUGCGUGCACCAGCUGAAAGACUUGCAACUGGCCAUUGCUCUCGCACGCGUCUUCUCCAACGAUGGCGAUCUGCAGCAGAGCUCUGCAUCGUCUUCUGCCGUCCUGUCACGGCUCAUCAAUGAGACUGUCCUGCCACUAGCACUUGAAAGUGUACAGGGCCGCUGGCUGGCCAGCUGGGCGUACAACUCACUCGGUUUGCCCUCGCUCGCAAUCCAGUCCCUCGCAUAUCCACUACACAACGUGAUCGGCAAACCACUCUGCGACAUCGUCGAGGAGGUCGACUCCGACAGUAGGGGCAGCAGUCCUCAAAUGGUGAACAGCCUCAGCUACGCCUCAAAUGACCCACUCCUGACGACCUUGUACACACAACUUCGCACCCAGCUGGUUAAGAAGAAUCAAUGGCGUUACGGUGGCGGCGUGAGUGCAAAAGACGAAUGGGCUUUCGUCAUGCGCUGCGUCAGGCUAUACCGACAUAUGGGCUGUGAUGCGCUCGCGCUCACACUCGUCCAGACCUGGGAAUUUAUUCCUCUCGAGUCAGCCAACCCACUAGGCCAUCGAAGAUCUGUGGGCGAAGCUACUAUACCAGCACUACAAAUCGGGAUCCAACGGCGCAAGACAUUCAUCGAUCUCGAGCGAGAAGCCGACGAAGCAGAAGCGCAGCAAUGUGAGGCACUAUCUGGCCUGAGUCGAGAGUUGCAGUCUACUACUAUAGAUGAGGGAGACGUGAAGAUUCCGAACAAGAACAAAAUGGAAAGGGCGAAACCUCCGCCGACGCAGUUCGAAGAACCUAGCGCGGAUAGCUUGCUGGAUAGUUUUGGCUUCUGA